AUGGUGCUUUCUUACAAAGAGUACCUCAAAAACCAUGCAGCUAUCUUGGGUGGACAUGCCCUCGAUGGUUGUGGAGGGUUCAUGUCUAGCCCUUCUGCCACCCCAUCUGACCCCUCCUCUUUGAAAUGUGCCGCAUGUGGUUGCCACAACAACUUUCACCGCCGUGACCCUUACGAUGGCCCUACUUUCAUCCGUCGCCUUCCACUUCCACUUAACACAAGCUCUAGUCCAAGCCCCAACCAUAGAACGGGUCCAAGCUCUACCCUGCCCUCACCUGUGCCAUACUCUUACUACGGUACUUCUGCACCGCACAUGCUGCUGGUCUUGACCACGACUUACUCUGGGUCCCGGGCCGUUGGAUGA